AUGUGUCCAUCUGGACGAAAUCCGCACCCACCAAUUGCACUUGAAAAUGAUGAUACUUUGACGCGGUUGCCUAAAAAAGAGCACAAAGUAUUCAGUCUUCCUCCGCAUUUGGCACGUUUGGAAGAUCCUUGGAAUAAACUUUGCACGCACCAUACUCUUUCUAGUCUCAGACAUACAGUCGAAUAUUUCGAUCCAGAGGCUCCAAACGAUGAUCUAGAUUUCAGGUUAAAAGCAAACUAUGAUCAGCAUAUCUAUUGGUGGAAGUCCAACGCUGAGGCUUUGAUACAACUAGAAACAUUAAAUAAAACAAAGAGGGUGCUUAAAAAUCGACCUCCAAAACCUGUAAUUAUACGUCCCCCACCAAGUCAACCAUUUACAAUAUGGACAAGUGAUUGUAGAGAACGACUUGAACAUGUUUCAGAAGCAAUCGAUGCAAAUCAUACUCAAGCAACAAAUGGUGGUUAUUCAAGAAAACCAGAUGGCAAUAAAUUUAUAGCUUGA